GUCAGAUUGCGAUUACACUGCACAGUGACUACAAAGUGAUCAGGCUGCAUAUUAGCUCAUUCAUACAAAGCUAUCUCAUGCCAUUUGGAUGCCCAGGGGAAAAGAAUGAUUCAGAAGCAGCAUGGCAGGACCUCUACAUCCUUACCGUCCUGUAAACCAGCUGGGUCAGGCCAGAGGAUACUUUUCACAGGUAGGAAAUACAUCUAGUUUUUAUUUUAAUACCCUGACACUUACAUGGGAUAGGCAGAUCAAGUCAACAUAAUGACAUGCUUACUUUAACAGUAAACAGCAGUCAAUAACCCUUCUGGCAUUUAACGAGCUACUAUAUUUCAACAAGCAUUAGAAGUUGUGUAUGGAGAGAAAAAUUCUAAAAUUGUAGCCCUCACCCUGGAAACAAAUCGAAUGUUCCUGCUGAUUUCUUCACAUCAAAACUUUUACCCCAAAUGUGUUCUUUAUAUUAUCUUUCACUAAAUCGCAUGAUAUGCAAACACAAGCCCUAGUAGCCGCAUCCAAAAAAUAUCAAACUUUUACGGUUUGUCUACAACAAUUUAUUUUUCUAUUAAAUUAAAACUCUAAAUUUGUGAAUUAGUUUCAAUGUCAAUGUUUUCCAAGUUCAUUUUAUGUUAACGGGGCAAUUUAAGCACAAUACACAAUAGCAAAGCUUGUGGCAAGUUUAGAUUUAGGAGACUGUGUAUAAGCUGUGGUAUUUGGAAUAAUUCAUUUUUAUUCACUUACAGGAACACAAUAGGCACUAUAACUUUUUUGUUAAAUGAAGAGUUGAUAAUUUUUUUAAAAGAACACCAUAGUGUCCAGAAUACAAAUAUAUUACAUUAUAGGUGGGAAAACACCAUCUAGGUGUCCAGCACCCCCAUGAGAAAGGUAGUUUCCGUGCCGCACGGGUCUCCUCAUGGCUGGCUCUGAGAUCAUUAGUUAUACAGAGCAUGGAGACGCUGAAUGUCACACUGGUCAAGAAAGCAUCUCUAGUGUCUGUCUCAGUGACUGCAACUAGAAGUGUUACUCUAAAAAAAAAAAAGGUUGCACAUAUUUGACAGAUUGAAUGUGGGAGAACAGGAAAUCAUUUAGGUAUUUAGGUUAAAGUGGCUUAUGUACCGUAUUUUUUUUCUUUCUUUCUUUCAAUUUUCCUUUCACUAUGCCCUUUGUGUCUUACUGAUUAUCUCCCGCCUAUAUUCAUAUGAAUCUUUUCUUCCUUAUCUCAAUAUCUUGGUGCAGCCAUUUUGUUUUCCUCUCUCCAUGAUGUCUGGAGUUUGCCUUCUGUGGGAUUCUUUUGAAGAAUGGAUUCUGGGUAAAUCAGCUUAACAUCUGCAAUUGAACUUUGCUUAAAGUGCACCCAUUGCCAAUAUUUGCCACAAAUCAUGCUCUCUGUGAAAAAAUAUAGUCCAUACAUGUAAAACUAGAAAAAAGCAUGAAUUUACAGAAAAUAAAAACAAGGAGACAUAGAGGGACAAGAGAAGGAUCAAUUUAAAAGCAAAAUCGGCAAAGUGACAGAGCUUUAAAUAGACUCUCAUUAUUUAGGGCUUUAAAGAUCAAGAUGGCUGUCAUAAAAUAGAAUAUCCAUGUGAUGGGUUGAUGUUAUAUGACAUAAGUAUGGCUGGUUACUUAGUAGUACAUUUGCUAUUUUGGCUUUCAAUGUUCUAUUCCCUGGUGAAUUUAGGACUAUUCCGUAAUCGGUGAUUAACCCUCUAAGUGAAUUAAGUCAUAUAGGCAUUUUACACAGAGCUUUCACACAGGCAUUCUCUGUAAACUUUGUGGAUACGAAAUAGCGCAUCACAUUACUUCAGCUGGGAACAUAUUUUGACAUAUUUACAAAUGCUUCUUUUCCCAUGAAUUCAUAAGUUGUUUUCAAUAAACCUCCUUGGUGUCAGGAUUAAACAAAAUAAUAUUAAUGACACGUACUUACUACUAGCAUGUUUAGAGAUGUUGUGAUCUGGUGUUGGUUUUCCAAUCUGUAACAGUCAGUUUAUUUAUGGAAUUUUAGAAAAGAAGUUACAGUUUAACAGAGCACAUAAACAAAUGAAUGUGGACAGUAUAUUAUAAAUGUAACUGAUUGUCUAACAUGAAUGGCAUCAUAUUAAUAUUCAAGUAAUGUUUUGUUUUAUUACAUGAUCUUUCAACAGGAAGAUCAUGUUUCCAAAUCCAAUUCAGAACACAGGAUGAUGUCGUACUGCGAGCUAAAAACUGUUAUUUAUGGUAUGAUUGACGCAUUGUCUAAUCUCAGUUCGGCAUUUUAGUUAGCGCUAACUCUAUGCUUAGGGCUAAGGGUAGGCUUGGGUUAUGGUAAUGCCUUUUUUAAGCUUUCACCAUUAUUUUAUUCAAUCCUUAUAAUAAUAAUAUGAUGAGAGAAGACUUUGAGAUAUUAAAUGGUGAUACAAAGCAUAUAUCCUGUAAAUACAACACCCACCAGUCACUGGCACAUCAGUACAUCUAUACCAUGGUACUGUCAUAGGUUUAAAGAACACGCUAAUAUUAAAAAAAAAUCUAAAGGGGGGGGCGGACCGCCAAGCUGGACGGUCACAAGACAGACCAGCUCCUGCAAGGAACCAAACAAUUAAGCCAUAACAACAUGAUUUUGUCCUUUCUGCUGACCAGCAACAGCGGCCCUCGACAGGCAGAGUGCACUGGAUCCAGGGUGAGGCUGGCUCAACUAGUAUUAGUCCCCUGGAGGUGGAAUCUUCACUACCAUGGUUGAGGCCUACUCCGGCGGUGAGUGAGGUGGCCGGCCGCUGCCCCGCUAUCCCGCCUAAAGGUGCCCAGCCAAGGGCUCAGACCCUUGAGGAACCGGCUCUGUUCACCCCCCCUCUGGACCGGUGAGGGUGAUCCCGGUCCUCACCCUGAAGCCCCGACCUCCACAAAACGGAUAAGGCCUCGCAACAUUGCCAAAUCGACCCGCAACCCAGAUGAUACACCUAAGAUGGCGGAGGCCGCGUGUAACAGCACCAAACACAGAGUGCAAGGAAGGGGUCCCCCCACAUCAGCCGCAACCAAUGUGGAUUAGAAACAUAAAUACAUCUGACACCCACAAUGACCAGCGACAAGCUCACAUACUGGCAACCUAACAAGAAGCUCAACUCUGGAGCCUCGUCAUGAGCUCUGGGCUCCGUUGGGGAGAUGGACCAGCAAACGACGGUGGAGAAAGGGGCACAGCAGAUCAGCGCUCGCCCAAUAGCAGAGACCAUCAACCCUCACCCCGCGACACGCCACUCUCCAGUCCGGGUCCAUCGAGUCGGAUUCCGCACACCACUCCCAGACUGUCGCGCAGCACCCACCAACCGACCUUGUGAGAGUCGCAACUAAGGCAGACCACCGGAAGGCAUAAGCUAAACAGAGGCACAAGGGGACUAUCUGAACACGACCUCAUUAUUCGUUAAUCGUAACUAAUCUAGGUGAAAUCGCUGCAAUAACUUUACCUGUCAUAAUAUACCAGCCUAAUUUACAUUACUCAUGUGUAGCUACAGGGGCUUAAGGGGUGGCAUUUUGCAUUUCACAUAUACAGCAUGCAUCCAGCAACUAACAAAAAGAACAUAAUACCCGCAUGUAACCUAAUCCUGUACUUAUUUUACUUUUAAAAAAAUGUGCACUGCUUAGCAACUACCCUAUUUGUUAUCUGUGCCAAGCAGCUCGAGGAAUGCCGUUGGGGUACCUGGAGCCAGAUUGUAAUUAUUAUAUGCACUACUAAAAAAUAAAAUAAAAUUUAAAAAAACCUAAAUAUGUAAUUUUAAAGGCUGUUUUUUGUGUCUAAUAAUGGGCAAGGGGGUCCUGAAUCUAAAGGAAAAAAUAAAUAUACAGUUGCAAGAAAAAGUAUGUGAACCAUUUGGAAUGAUUUGGAUUUCUGCACAAAUUGGUCAUAAAAUGUGAUCUGAUCAUCAUCUAAGUCACAACAAUAGACAAUCACAGUCUGCUUAAACUAAUAACACACAAAGAAUGAAAUGUUGCCAUGUUUUUAUUGAACACACCAUGUAAACAUUCACAGUGCAGGUGGAAAAAGUAUGUGAACCCUUGGAUUUAAUAACUGGUUGAACCUCCUUUGGCAGCAAUAACUUCAACCAAAUGUUUCCUGUAGUUGCAGAUCAGACGUGCACAACGGUCAGGAGUAAUUCUUGACCAUUCCUCUUUACAGAACUGUUUCAGUUCAGCAAUAUUCUUGGGAUGUCUGGUGUGAAUCGCUUUCUUGAGGUCAUGCCACCUCAUCUCAAUCGGGUUGAGGUCAGGACUCUGACAGAAGGAAUAUUUUCUUCUUUUUAAGCCAUUCUGUUGUGGAUUUACUUCUAUGCUUUGGGUCAUUGUCCUGUUGCAACACCUAUCUUCUGUUGAGCUUCAGCUGGUAGACAGAUGGCCUUAAGUUCUCCUGCAAAAUGUCUUGAUAAACUUGGGAAUUCAUUUUUCCUUCAAUGAUAGCAAUCCAUCCAGGCCCUGACGCAGCAAAGCAGCCCCAAACCAUGAUGCCCCCACCACCAUACUUCACAGUUGGGAUGAGGUUUUGAUGUUGGUGUGCUGUGCCUUUUUUUCACCACACAUAGUGCUGUGUGUUUCUUCCAAACAACUCAACUUUGGUUUCAUCUGUCCACAGAAUAUUUUGCCAGUACUGCUGUGGAACAUCCAGGUGCUCUUGUGCAAACUGUAAACGUGCAGAAAUGUUUUGUUUGGACAGCAGUGGCUUCCUCUGUGGUAUCCUCCCAUGAAAUCCAUUCUUGUUUAGUGUUUUACGUAUUGUAGAUUCGCUAACAGGGAUGUUAGCAUUUGCCAGUGACAUUUGUAAGUCUUUAGCUGACACUCUAGGAUUCUUCUUCACCUCAUUGAGCAGUCUGCGCUGUGCUCUUGCAGUCAUCUUUACAGGACGGCCACUCCUAGGGAGAGUAGCAGCAGUGCUGAACUUUCUCCAUUUAUAGACAAUUUGUCUUACCGUGGACUGAUGAACUGCAAGGCUUUUGGAGAUACUUUUAUAACCCUUUCCAGCUUUAUGCAAGUCAACAAUUCUUAAUCGUAGGUCUUCUGAGAGCUCUUUUGUGCGAGGCAUCAUUCACAUCAGGCAAUGCUUCUUGUGAAAAGCAAACCCAGAACUGGUGUGUGUUUUUUAUAGGGCAGGGCAGCUGUAACCAACACCUCCAAUCUCAUCUCAUUGAUUGGACUCCAGUUGGCUGACAUUUCACUCCAAUUAGCUCUUGGAGAUGUCAUUAGUCUAGGGGUUCACAUACUUUUUCCAUCUGCACUGUGAAUGUUUACACGGUAUGUUCAAUAAAAACAUGGCAACAUUUCAUUCUUUGUGUGUUAUUAGUUUAAGCAGACUGUGAUUGUUGUGACUGUGAUCACAUUUUAUGACCAAUUUGUGCAGAAAUCCAUAUCAUUCCAAAGGGUUCACAUACUUUUUCUUGCAACUGUAUAUAUAUAUAUAUAUAUAUAUAUAUAUAUAUAUUUAUAGAUAUAUGUAUACUUGCCCAUUAUAUAUAUAUAUAUUUAUUUAUUUGUUUAUCUUUUUUCCUUUAGAUUCAGGAACCCCUUGCCCAUUAUUAGACACAAAAAAAACAGCCUUUAAAAUUACAUCUGUCUUGUUGCAGCACACAAUGAAAUCACCAGGAUUGAUAAAUCCAAUGCUUCUCAUGCAGGUUUAUUCACUGAAAAGAGAAUUGUCAAGAAUUACAAGCAAGCUUAAAGUGAAUUUCAUAUUCAAGACCAAAAUGGCUGAACUGGAAAAAUUCUCCAAAUCAGCAUUCAUAGGAGUUUGACUACAUUGGCCUUUGAAAUUUGAAAUUCACUUUGAAUUCUCAACAAUUCUCUGCUUAGUGAAUAACCGUGUUAAAUAACCAUUCUGGACCAACAUCUCGUGCUCUGCUAGUCUGAUGCUUCUUAUAAAGAAGAACAUUAGCUGCUUUAAGCCUGCUUUAAUCAUGCUGCAUGUGAUGAUCCCAAGUGUGAAGACACUUUAAAAUUGAUGGUAUUAGGGAGAAGGUAUCACUAGUGGUUGAACCCUAACUCUAUCCCUAGCCCUUGCCCUUAUUAUGAUAAUACCAAAAUCCCUCAAUGGUAUUACUUUCAUAAUAUAGGGUGUGUGAUAAUCUAGAUCAGGGAUAGGCAAUCUUCGGCACUCCAGAUGUUGUGGACUACAUUCCCCAUAAUGCUCUUACACCUAUAAUGCUGGCAAAGCAUCAUAGGAGGUGUAGUCCAAAACAUCUGGAGUGCCGAAGGUUGCCUAUGCCUGAUCUAGAAAUUACUUUAAUGUUAUGAGUGUGUUUAGAUUUCUUAUCUCUUAAUCACAUCUGUAUACUUGUUUCUAAAAUUGUGGUCAUGUCUUUUUAAUAAUGCAGCAUUGUAUCAGAUGUGUGUUUUUGAUUGUCUUCUAUCUGCAAAAUAUCUAUAUUGAAUGUGCAAUAUCAGCAAACAUCACACAGCACACAUGAGGAUUUCAUGAUGUAGAAGUACUGUUUGUCUUUUAUACACAGAAUUAAUACAGAAUUUCCAGAAAUAAAUAUGGAAACGGAAGGAAUGCCAUUUAACCCCUUAAGGACCAAACUUCUGGAAUAAAAGGGAAUCAUGACAUGUCACACGUCAUGAGUCCUUAAGGGGUUAAUGUGUACCAUCGAAUAAUUUCAUAAGUUUAGCGGAUUUUUAAAAUACAUUAUAAACAUGUUCACACUACAAUUCAAAUUUUGGAAAUGGUUUCUGGUAAGAUUAUGCCACGAUUUUUGAUGAUCGGCAAAUGUACUAGACCAGCUAAACUCGUUUUUAUUAUAAUGCCCACAUACAGUAUAUCAGGGGUGCACAACCUUUUUAGAGAGGGGCCAGAUGGCUAACCGAAGUUUUUACCGAGGGCCACUGCUAUAUGAUGUCAAUGAGAUCGUCAUACUUGAAUUUUGGAAGUGAUCAUUCUGAUUUCUGGUUACAGGCUGCUGAAUGAAAUCUGUAGAAUUCUUAGAAGAUUUUUAUCUUUUAAUUUGCUUAGAAGACUAAUUUUAUUAAAAUGCAUUGUUAAAAAUGUAUGUGCUUGCAAGCAUGGUUGCACAUGUAGCUGCAUUCUUUUUGCACUUCCUUUCAUUUACACACUGGCACACCAGAUAAAUAUACACCUGGAUUGAAUUCAUAAAUAUACAUGCACACAAUUCAAUAAUAUACAUCCAUACAAAUAUACCUCUGCUUUAAUACAAACAGACACUUCACAUACAACUGCAUUCAAGUACACUGAAUGCAGACCCUGGUAGAAGAAAGGAUUAUUUAAAGUAGGCCCUCGUAGAAGAAAUUGUUUUUGGCUCCCCUUAAGCGCAUGAAUGGCCAGAUCUCCAUCUGUCGUACAAUACCUACAAUGUUAUACGAGCUGGGGAUCUAUCAUUUGCCCAUCCUUGCAGGGUGUUUUUUUGGGGUGACAGAGGCAGGAGAGGAAGCAAGGAGUGGGUAAAGAAGGUUAAUACAAGUUUAAAUGAAAUGCUUUCCUAAAGAAGUGAGUUUUUAAUGAUCUUUUGAAGGAACUGAGACUGGGUGAGAGUCUAAUGGGGUAGGGAAGGUAGUUCCACAGUGACGGUGCAGGCCUAGAGAAGUCUUGUACGUGAGUAUCAGAGGUGGGCAUUCAGACAGAGGAUAGACGUAGGUCUUUGGCAGAGUGUAGCGGCCUAAACUGGACAUUCUUGUAUAUCAGUGAGGACAGGUAGCAUCAGGAGUAUGGAGAGAUUUGUAGUCAAGUACCAAAAUUCUAAAUUAAGCCCUAUUUCUUAUGGUAAGCCAAUGUAAGAACUGACAGGGGAGGGGAGGGGAGGCCAGGGCACUGCUUGUUUAAGAGGAAAAAAAAAGCACCUUAUAUGAUAUUGCAUGUAUUUCUGUGUGUGUAGUGUACUAUGUAUAUAGUGUGGAUGGAUGUAAAUGUGUGAGCAAUGUGUGAAUGCUGUUGGUGGACUUUAAAUACUGCGGGACGUAGGUGAGUGCUAUGGGGAGUACAUGAAUACUCUGAGAAAUUUGGGAAAUACAUAGUUUGCUGUAUAUUUUAUAGUCAGUAGACAAUGCCCAACCAGUCAUAUAAUAUAGAAUGGAUUCCUUUUGUAAAUUGGGGAUUCUGUUUUCGCAUUAGGCUACAAACCAAAUUGUCGAUAUUCAAGUAUCUCUACCAUGUAAUUAGAUAACUACAUUCACACACUCAUUUUUUUGUAAAGUUCAUAUUUUACAGCAAAAUAGCAUAAAUCCAUGGGCAUGCUGAGCGGUGGUUGUCUAGAAAACAAUAUAGUGAGUAUGGAGUUGGGUAAAUACAUAAGUGAUAUCUGAAAUUAUUGUUGUUAAGUCUUGCCCAUGCCAUAUAAAUAUGUGUAAUAUACAGGAAAUAUGAAUUCACAGUGGCCAAAUAUGCCCCAAUUAGAAGGAACCAGCAGCCAUAAUUUUAAUUUGAUACGUUUUUUAUUGCCCUGCAAUAUGAGGUUUUCCCUGUCUCCUAUUAGAGUUGAGAUCCUGGAAUUAUUCCAGUUGAAAGGAAUUCUUGUCCAAGAAUUUCUAGACUCAUUUUAUUCACUCACAGUGCAUAGGUCUGUGCUUCUGGUCCCCUCCAAACAUUUGUGACUGCUAGCCUGGGAGCCGUCAGAUCUGAGGUUAAUUGACUCUGAAAGACUAAAAGUAUGAUGUCAUAUUUAAUGGCCCCAGAAUUGCACACACAUAUUUAUCAUUUAUUUUUUUUAAUAGCUGUGUCAGAAUUAAAUUAAUUGAUAACAGAUAGCACAGAUGACGAAUUAAAAACGAUAACUCUGCAUACAAAGCUACUCUUAUUUCAUGCCUGGGUUACAUUAGAAAGUGGACAAGGUCAUGAUUUAGGGAGGAAACCUUGACAUUGAUUAGUAACAUGAAACCUGAGUAAGAACUAUCCAGAAAUAAAACAAAUCUUUCUGCUGCUAAAUAACAUCCCAUAAACCGAUGUAGUAAUGAUAAAAUGCUAAUUGGAUUAGAUCAAGUCUGCAUGAUUUGCGGUCACUAGGAAAUUCUCUCUCCAAGAUCAUUUUUUGUUUUUGUCAAUUAAAAUUUUAUUGGGGCAUACAUUAUACAGAUGGCAGUGACAUAACCUACACCUACUUCUGAAUUCUACAUACUGCAGGGCAACUGUUUUCAUGUGCUGCCCAUCAACAUGUGUAUGUGAUACAUGUUACUGAAAACAUGGUGGAUCUAGUAUAUUACUGCUAUUUAAUGCUUAUAUAAUAAUAAUAAAUAUAUAUUAAUAUAAUAAAUCUGUAGCCUUUAGCCCAUAUCAAAAUGCUAUAAUACCUUUGAAUUUGUCUAUCCCUCACUCCUUAUCCUGUCAUUUUAUUCCCCUACCUCUCUCCAUCUCCCUAAAAGCCCCUUUGCCUCUCUCUGCCCACGGCCUAUAAACUGUUUGUGCCUGUCUUCCAAUCAACAAAAAAACACCUCUCUGUAUCUCUCCCUCUAUCCUCCGAGCUCUUCUAGUUAUUACUCUAGUGCAGGGGUAGGCAACCUAUGGCACUUGUGCCAUGCAUGGCACUUGAGGUGUCUUUGCACGGCAUUCAAGGCUGCUAGAGCCAAGCAGGCUCUGGCCUAUCAAGAUUCCCAGUGAAACGUUAGAUAUCUGCUAAUACGGAAAGGUGGUGAAGGACAAUCCUCAAUUUAUGCAAUUUAUGAUAUCAGAUCACUUCCUCCCAGCACUUAGUAUAUGUAGGUGAUGGAAGUGCACUCAAUCCUUUGUCUGGAAUUCAGGGUGCUUUAGUGGACAUGUCCCAGUUCCUCCCAGCACUUGUGAAAGGGAAUCCACACUGGAGUAGAGCAGCCCGCAGCUGCUGUUGCAGCUCCUCUCCUUGACCUGUAACUGGCCAGCAUGGUUCACACUGGACCCCUGGGAAGCCACCCAUACUACUAGACAUACACAUAAACGCAAAAUAACCCUCCCCUUAUACAAAUAAUACAAACAGUCCACACACAAACAUACACACAAUCCGCACAAAUGCAACACCACUAACAAUCCACAUACAUGCACACAACGCCACAUGCAGGCUCUCACAUACAAUACCCCACACAGCCCCCACACAUACACACACCACCAAACACACAAUGUGACAUUUCCACACACACACACACACACAAUUCCACAAGCAACCUCCAUACACAGCUCACAUUCAUAGGUAUCAUACACAAUACCACAAACUGCUCAUGAACAUAUACAAUACAAUAUAACAGCUCAUAUACACACAAAUACAACGAUACAAAGCAACUGCAGUAUAAAUACCACAAGCAGAAUACGGCAACAUACACACCUCAAUUUUAAAAAAUAGGAGCGGCACGCUACAUGGCAUCACAAUCUUAUUUUGGCACAGUGUUGCUAAAAGGUUGCGUACCCCUGCUCUAGUGUGUGCUCAAAAUGACAAAAUCAAUAAUAUCCUUCUACUUAGAGAUCUGGGGCUGAAGAACCCCAUAUCCAGGGCUUUAGCCCCUAAUGCCACUCUAUGUCUAUCACGGCACUUGAACUUUGCCUUGCUAUUCUUGGCUGCAGCACUGAAAGGGUUAAGUUAAUUCAAGUUUGUCUUGUUGUGCUUGUGCAUGGAGGUGUUUGGACACUAAUAUCUGAGGUUGCUGACAUACAAUUAGAUUUGUUAAUUCUUUGUAAUUCUCAUUUCAUUGGUGACAUAUUAUUUAGUAUCUGAUGGAAACCUUGAUGGCAAAAAAAGGUGAGGUUUUACUGGGCAUUCAUAAACCUGUCACUUCGCCAUGUUUCUGUCUGUAGCAGAGUUAAAUACCCUGGAAAAAUAGAAAAUACAUGUCUGAUAGCUUUAAAAAGUAUGCCAACAAUUAAAUGUAUCCCAUUAAGUACUGAGCAAGCAGUAUUGUUUGUCCAUUUAAAUUUAACUAUAAAUGGCCUUUCACUGUUAUGGAUACAACAAGACUAUGGUGUAUAAACUAGUAGCUGGGCAAGGUAAUUAUUGACACAUCUUGUAUCAAUAGUAUACAAAGUUAUCUCAGUUACAACAAAUCUUUGAAAUAUACAUCUCCAAGCAACAGCAUUGUGUAUCAAAUGUCUUUUAUAAAAAAAAUAAAAAUAAAAUAAAGUUAAAAUGAAAAUAAAAGCAUAUCUCAAACAAUAGAGAUAGCAUAUUUGGCAAAAGGCAAAUAAUAUAAGUAGAGUGUUUAAAAGCUGCAAUGUGAAUGGCUGGAAAUCCACCAAACACAAUACGUGUAAUUAACAGAUAAUUAUUAGUUUUAGUUAGAGAUACCUCAGUUUUCAUGAGUGUUACAUUAACAGUUUAUUAUAUAAAUAAUGACAGUGUAUUAUAAGUUUAUAUGACAAACUCUUCAAACAAACGAAAGAAUGUGUAAAUCUACAUAACAAUGUGUUACUUCAAUUAUAUCCCUCAAAUAAUCAUUUAUUAAAAAUGCCAUCAUGGCUACCCUACUCUGUCGUUCUUUGGUGUUUGUGCGUCCUUGGGAAAUUGCAGUGUUACCUGGCUGUGUGUGGUUUAAGACUAGCGUGUGUACUGAUAAUCUUUCCAAGAAAUGUCUUGCUAAAUCUGACUCCUGUACAUUACAUGCGAAAAGAGCCAAGGUUAAAAAUACUUAACGCAUUCAGGGCCAGGGUUCAGUAAUACACAGGCUUUUUUUUUAGUAAGGCGUGAAUUGUCAGGACUUUAAAAUGCAGCACCAAAAUAGAUGAAUUGAACGCAUUGUUGUUUUGCAGAAUCUUCCAGUUUGAGUACUUUGUCCUUAAAAUUUAGUUUAAAUUAUUGACAAUUCUCAUAGUUACAUAGUUACAUAGGCUGAAAAGAGUUCAGCCUUCCUCAUAUUUGUUUUUUGCUGUCGAUCCAAAAGAAGAAGAAAAAACCCAGUUUGAAGCACUUCCAAUUUUGCAACAAACUAGGAAAAAAUUAAUUCUUGACCCCAGCUGAUUCCUCUUCUGCAACUGUCAUUAGUCUAAUACUAUCCUUACCUUUUUGUGUCAUUUUACCCCACUCCCUCUAGCAUGUAAGCUCAUUGAGCAGGGCCCUCAACCCCUCUGUUCCUGUGUGUCCAGCUUGUCUGGUUACAACUACAUGUCUCUUCGUCAACCCUUUGUAAAGCGCUGCGGAAUUUGACGGCGCUAUAUAAAUAUCAUAAUAAUAAUAAUAAUAAUGGCAGUCAGAUUUAUCCAUGGAUCAAGAAGCUAUUACCCAACAGUUGACAAAUUCUCACUUAUUAAAUAACAUGCAAUUGUUGUUGUGACAGUCCUGGCAUGGUAAUAAUGCUGAACGUGUGAGAGUAAAUUGAUAGACAGACAAACAGACACUUGCACACAGAUACAUUUGCAGACACACACAGGAUAUACACUCCCAGACACAUACCGAUACACAUCCUCAGGCAUACCAAUCAUCAUGUUUUCGUCGGGAGAGAUCCUGAUUUCAAGGUUCUGUCCUCCUGGGUUUGUUCCUAGAAAGCUAACCCAAAGAAGCAUAGUUUGAAUGCAUCAUUAAACUUGCUCACUCUAAACAAAGAGCACUAGGACAUUGAAGAGAGUAAUGAAACAGUUGUCCAUGUAAAGUCUAUGCUCAUUGAGCUGGGCUGUGUGAUUAGCAAGCAGCCUGGCUAAAAUGUCAGUUCUUUGUGAUGGAUCCAUACAGGUCCACUCCACCCAACUGCCCCUCCCCCACCAAUUAACGAGAUACCAAAGUUUGGGGGUAUGAAUUUUCAGACAUGCACGAAGACACAUUCUCACAGACACACACUUAUGCAUGUAUAUAGACUGCCAGACACACUCAUACACAGAAAAACACAUAAAAGACUAACAUGCAUACAAAGAUAAUGCACACAAACACAUACACUUACCUUGACAAAUACACACUCCCAAACAUACACUUCCAGGCACACAAAUGUGUGAACUUUCAGAUGCAAGGGAGGAUUUUCAGGUGUCUACGUUAGCAGACUUUAACACUUUGACAGCUCCAUUUCCUCUCACGUGAAGCACCCCUAUAGCUCCAGAAGGAAAUGAUAAGAAAUCACAUCCUUCCAGUGUUUCCGCUCAGAAGUGCAACAGCAGUUGUUAUUGUGGUCAGGUUAGGGGUCUGCUCAGCAGUUCUUCAGUAUGGCCCAGUUAAGGCUAUUAUUACAAAGGCUUCAACUGGACCUCACAGCAUUACAGUGAUCCAAGUGGGCCUCCCUGUUAUGCCAGCCACCUUACAAAACCAUUGCAUAUAACCCUCUACUGCCAUUGGUACAUCUUCAACCAAUGAGAACUGAACUUGUGGAAGCUCAGACUUGUGUAUGUGUAUGUGUGUGUGUGUGUAUAUAUAUAUAUAUAUAUAUAUAUAUGUAUGUAUAUAUAUUUUAAAUUCUUUAUUUUUGAUGUGCUUAAGUAUACAGGAUAGUUGAGACAGAAUUACAAGUGUAUAGUUGACAGUAUUAAUCAAAUAGCAUAUGUUGGGGCGAAGCUUGACUGCCGUGAGGAUCGGACGUGUUCAGCAAGAGCUCCCACGUAUAGCCUCAAAUUUGGGGGACUAAACCCGGGACUCCUACUCACAAUCCCCGCUGCCAGCAACCGUCUUGAUUGCUGGUCGACGCUGCAUCUGGGGGUGCCCAUCAAGUGCACCUCCUCAGCUGAUUUGCCCGACCUAAGGCUUGCGGCCUACUCGUUUUGGAGCCGUGGGGAGACGGCCGCUCUCCUGGUUCAAAGGACGCUCGGGUGGUCCCCACCUAAUGCUAUCCUCCCCACCCAUGGACCGGCGGGGGUUAUCCAGGUCCCCACUGACCCGCUCCACGUACCCUGCUUGGAUACAAACAGCCCACUCAAUGCAGGUACCGACUGCAGCACAAGCUAGCCAGGUGUGGUAAGUAGAGAGGAGUCAGUUGAUAUUUUGGUUGGUCUGCCACCAACAGAGUUGCAGUCCAGCAUUAGAGGUCCCAUGAGGUCCCCGGAUUGGGCCCCUAGAAAUGAGUGCAGCUCAGCUCGCGUAGCCUGCAUAAGGCAUCAAGAGCCCCGUGGGAGACCACCUUCUCCAUGGAGUGCGUGACAGGUUCCGCUGCCAGGCUUCUGCAUGGCCUCUGACUCAGCUGAUAGUAGCUGGUGGUAGGGCCCCAGGGUGGACCGGAAAAACCCCGCCAGUCCAAAGGGGGGGAGCAGGGCUGAGAGGGUCUGGCUAGUUACAACCAGGCAGGAUAGCAGGGCAGCGGCCGUCCACCCCACUCUCUGCCUGAGUAGGCCUCAGCCUUCAUGCUUGUAUUUGACCCCUCGCAGGGCCAAAAUGCGGAGUUUUGGGCCAAGCUCCAGAACCAGCACCUUGUAGUACAUGUCGUCUUAGCUUUUAAAGAAGGGUUAUAUUGCUUUUUUGGAGCAUAAAGGCAAAGAACACCAAAGAACGACAGAGUAGGGUAGCCAUGAUGGCAUUUUUAAUAAAUUAUUAUUUGAGGGAUAUAAUUGAAGUAAUACAUUGUUUUAUAGAUUUACACAUUCUUUCGUUUGUUUGAAGAGUUCGUUAUAUAAACUUAUAAUACACUGUCAGUAACACUCAUGAAAACUGAGAUAUCUCUAACUAAAACUAAUAAUUAUCUGUUAAUUACACGUAUUGUGUUUGCUGAAUUGAGGGAUCUGUUCUUCCAUGUGACUAGUCAGCAUGAUCCGGCCCCGCCCCCCCAUGUAUAAGUAUUCUAUGUAUUGCCACUGAGUUGGUUGGUUAAAAUGUAUAAAAAAAACUGCUAGUAUGAUUAUUGGUAACAAUCUAUCUUUACUCCCUGUCAUUUUUAAAACGUCAUCAGCUUUGCGUCGCUUUGUGUACAUCUAUGACUUAUCAAUACAUACUACUGUGGGUAAAAUGAUUAAUUAGCAUUUUAUGGUAGAACUUUGAGCUAUAACAUGUAUUUGUUCAUGGCAGCGCUUAUCUGCUUUAUUUUCCAGAACUGCUAAUGCAUGUAAAAUAUACUGCUUCUGUAUAUUACAGGUCCAGACAAUAUAGGCGAUUACAGACCAAAACUCAUUGGAGAAUUCAUGCCAUCAGAAGAGGGCACCACUGAAAUAGAUUAUUUAUGUCGUGCUGCCCCAGGCACACCCCACCCUAGGCCCAGAGACAUGCAUGUAGGGGGCAUUGGUUGGGGAGUCACAGCAUUCAGUCACCUUAAUAGAAGUCAGCUGUUAAGCAACAAUCAGAUCAAGGUAAGUGUUUUAAGUUUGACUUAUAUCUAGACUAUAACUAAAACACAUAUCAGCAACUACUGAAAUACAAAUACAAAUACUAUACUCAAUACUAUAUUGAGAAUUGCCAAAUUUUAAUCAAAUUUGAAUCAAAAUAACAGAUUUAGAAAAUGAAAAACUUGAGUUGGUGAACUCUUCCACUUUAGAUCUGUUGGCCUAAAUCGCGUGAUUCUAUUCUCCACAGUUCAAACUAGACUAUGUUUUACAGGGUUAUUUACUAAAGUGAGAAUUCAACAUGAAUUUCAAAUUUAAGACCAUAUUAGCCUUGAUCCCUGACGAAGGUGCACACACAGUGCACCGAAACGCGCGUCAGGCAACUUUUGAUUUUCACAGGGCAACUUCUGAUUUUCACAGGGCACAUUUACAGGCACUCACACUGGUGUUAUUCAUCAUGCACAUAUUAAGCAUGAUAUAAUGGAUUAAUAAGUUAUUACUUUCUCUUUCACACUCUAUUUCCAAUCUCUGACUAUUUAGUUAGUUUACCAGGGAAAGAGGCUUUUCUGGUAUCUUUGCUUUAUUAUUCAGUACUACAGGAGAUUUCUACUAUAAUUGAACCUUGUUUGCCUGGAUUCACACAUUGAUGCUAGCAAUCAUAACUUAUGAAGAAAGGUAUAUACUUAUGAGCUCACAUCUGAAUUAAGUGGCAUUAAGGUGACUAUCUACUGACUCCAUAUAUUGGUGUGUUACUGACUCCACAUAUUGGAGUGAAUAUUUGUAAUAGUAAGUACUGAAAACCCAAUUUCCCUAAGAUCUUCCUAAUAGUACAGCAUUCUGGACAAUCCACUUUUUAGGAUCCCCCCAACUUGUGUCCAUCAUUAAUAAAGCCUGUUAAUUAGGGAGCACCCUUGAGUCAGGAUUUCCAAGUCGGAGAAAAGCUAAGUAGCUUUAGAUUUAAUAGACUUUCUCAGCAACUCUACUUUUGGUUAAGUGAUUAUUGUAACAUUGUUUACUAUUUUCCAGUGCAUAUCCACACUCAAUAUCAAUUUUUGUUUUUUUGCAUGUGUAUAUUAUUAUUUUUUCUUUAUUUAUUUGUACACUGGGGAUAAGCCCUAGACACCACUGGAGUGUCUUUCUGGUGAUUUUAUUCAGGGUAGGAGGUCUUUCACAAGCAGACCACUUAGAACUGAAUACAUUUCCUCAUAUUAGCUAAACUUGAAGCAAGAAUUAAUUUGUUCAGUUUGGCUUUUAAAAACGUAUUUAAUUUAAGGCAGCCGCGCUGGUCGGGCGCACAUCUUGUAAGCUCUGCACAGAAAACCUUUACUAUAGCCAAAAUUUUGACUGCACUGCAGAAAUCAGCCAGCAGACAUACCCCUGAGACAGGACGAAGUUGCUGCAAUUCAAUCUGUUAUCUCUCAGACCAAGACCAUAGCCUCCGCGGGAGAUGGACCUGCAGCCUACCUGAGGCCUACUCACAGCAACCACGAGGGAGGCGGUCGAUCCCUAUGUUCCUUGCUGCACACCCCUUCAAAGGUCCUUCUUUUACUCUCCACCUCGCCCCGCCGGUGGGGGAUAUCCCAACUCCUCUUCCCUGUGCUGCACUGGUGAAGCAUCAGCAACUUUAUCUACAGCGACAACCAGCCUACUAGUGGCAAGAUGGCAGAAGCCAGGAGCAAGCCAACACCUCGAGACACACAGCCUACUCUCAUGGAGAGUGCUGUGGCCCAAGAAUGGGGGAGCCACCAGGAAAUAUCCCGGUGUGUGCCCCCAGCAGGCCGGCACCUUAGGUGAAUGCCUAGUUCGCCUAAGGGUGGCACCGGCCCUGGCGCUGAAGACUCGGCCCUGCUACAAGCCACCACCCUCCCAGGCCACAGCCCAUGUUGGGAAUGUUCCCUAGGCAUUGCUCACUACCUCAGAAGGCCACGGCCAAGCCUGAGCAGAAACAUUGUUAAGGAGGGCCUCGAAAUCAAGUACUGGUAUUGGAAUCCGGGACUUGUGGGCAAAGUGCUCUGGGCUGUGUGGGAUCCGUGGGACUUGAAUCUUGAUUACGGGGGGAGCGUCCAUCAAGUACAGGGUAUAGGCUAAGUCACAUGCCCAAAGGUGGGAAAUCUACCUCUAAAUGGGCAUAUGUAUCAGAAGUUCACUUCUUCUCUAUUUUAACUACUCUCGCAAGGUAUUGCUACAGAGGGAGCACAAGGGUACGCAAUUGAUCAUCCCUGUUAGCAGUGGUUCUCCCCUAAAACUUGUUGGCACGCCAUUGAUCACCUAUAUUGCGCCCCACGCCCGUGCAUACUAUAAAGAGCGGUCACAUGGCCGCAAUAGGUGUCCAUAGUGCUGCCAGCAGUCAGUUCAGGCAGCUGGUGAAAAAAGUAAAAAAACUAAGUAAAAAUAUAAAAAAACAAAGUUAAUAAAUAAUAAAAAAAAAAUUAUAUAUUGUAUAAAAUUACAUAUAUAUUGUAUACAUAUAUUAUAAAAAAUAAAUAAUAAUUAAUUAAAAAUAAAUAUAAAAACUGUGAAAAUAAUUUUUAAAUUUAAAAAAAUAUAUAUAUGUUAUUUUAUUCUAACUCUAUUUUGAUAUUAAUAUAUAUAUAUAUUAAUAUCAAAAUACACUUAGAUAUAUAUAUAUCAUUUCAUGCUAUGUAUAUCCCCUUAACAACCAUGGACGUACUAGGUACCUCCAACAAAAACGGUUGUUAAGCACCGCAGACGUACCUAGUACGUCCGUGGCAAAUAGGAGCCCUGGACUUACCUGGACCGGCAAUCUGCGGCGAUCAUGGUCGGAGGGGACUGAUGGAGACCCCAGCAAUACCCCUGCAGCAGCUACGGCCACCCUGGCACUCCAGGGCCAUGUGAUCACAAUGAUCACAUUGCGCAAUAGGACUCUAGGAGCUGCCAGCGGGGGACUUAAUUUAAUGCAUAUAUAUGAUUUUAUUAUAAGUGUAUUUUGAGAUAUAUACACAUAUAUCUAAAAAAAUAAUUAAAUAAAAUCAUAUAUAUGCAUUAUAUAUGUAUAAUAUAUUAUAAAAUGCUUUAAUUAUAAUACAUUAUACAUAUAUAGGAAAUAAAAGUGUGUGUGUUACACGUGUUAUAUGUAUAUGUGUGUGCAUAUAUAUAUGUAUAUAGACACACACACACAUAUUAUAUAUAUAUAUAUAUAUAUAUAUAUAUCAAUAUAAAUAUCCAUAUAUAUAUAUAUAUUAUAAAUUGAAAAAAAACACAUUUAUAAAAAAACACAUAAAAACACUAACUUUGGCCAGCGUUUGUGACUAAGUAGCUACUACAAAAGAUCGGACAUACCCAAUUUUGAAUAUCCUGAACUGAAUUGGGCAAGCCCUAUAUUGACCCUGUAACUUUCCAAAACAUCGUAAAACCUGUACAUGGGGACAUUGUUAUACUCAGGAGACUUUGCUGAACACAAAUAUGCCAAAAGUACAAUGUGAGAGAAAAAUAACACAAAUAAAAUGACAAAAAAAUUUUGGUUUGAUGGGGGUAAAUUACAUUGGCCGGCUUCAAAAAUAUCCCAAAUAGGACAUGGGUGCAUGAUGACCAACUGGGAAAAUUCCAAAUAAGGUCUUUUAGCCCACAGAGAACCUGACACACCUAUACAUGGGUGGUAUCACUGUACUCAGGAGAUGUUACUGAACACAUAUAAGGGUGUUCUUUGUCAGUAACACAUAACAGGGACUGAGACUCCAUGCCUAAAGUACAAUGUGAGAGAACAAUAACACAAAAAUUGACUACCCAAACGGUUGACAAAGACUAGUGGUAGAAUUAGUGCAUGGAAAGUGUUACAAUACCACCAUUUAAAAUACCCUAGGGUGUCUACUUUUCAAAAAUAUAUGGUUUGAUGGGGUCAAAUUACAUUGGGCGGCUUCAAAAAUGUCCCAAAUAGGACAUGGGUGCAUGAUGACCAGCUGUGAAAAUUCCAAGUUGGAAAACUGGAAUGAGCACCCUCCAAAUAAGGUAUUUUAGCCCCCAGAGAACCCAACACACCUAUACAUUGGGGGUAUCACUGUACGCAGUAACCCUUAAAAUUCUCCGUACAUGUUUUCCAAUAAUUGCUUUGUGUGUAAAAAAAACUCACCAAUUAUAAUUGUUUUUUUUUAAUUUGGCAUAGGUUGGUGGUAAAAUUAUUGCAGGAAAAGAGUCAAAAUACCCCAAGUUUAAUACCUUAGGUUGUCUUCUUUUAAAAAAUAUAUACAUGUGAAGGAUUAUUCAGGAAUUCCUGACAGAUAUCAGUGUUACAAUGUAACUUGCGUUAAUUUUGAAAAACAAAUCGUUUGGAAAUAGCAAAAUGCUACUUGUACUUAUUGCCCUAUAACUUUCCAAAGAAAGCUAAGAACAUGUUAACAUUGGAUAUUUCUAAGCCCAGGACAAAACUAUUUAGCAUGGGUGUUUUUUGGCGGUUGUACAUGCGUAACAGAUUUUGGGGGUCAAAGUUCGGAAAAGUGUGUUUUUUUACAUUGGUUCAUCAUAUUUUAUGAUAUGAUGAAAAUAAUGGUAUCUUUACAAAGAUCAUUUAAUGGCAAGAAAUUUGUAUAUAAAUGAGUAAGAGACAAAUUACAGCUAAACACAAACACCGCAGAAAUAUAAAAAGAGCCCUGGUCCUUAAAAGGACUCUCCACCCCCAUCCCAUGUUGCUGAAGGGGUGAAAACCCCUUCAGGUCACUUACCCGAGACCCCGCCGAUGUCCCUCGGCGGUGGUUUCUUCUCGCCGUCGCUCCUCCCAGUGAUUACGUCAGCCGGUGGGCAAGACUGAUGCCGCGCACGCGCAUUAGAACUCUCCAUAGGAAAGCAUUUAAAAUGCUUUUCAAUGCUUUCCUAUGGGGAAUUGAGCGACGCUGGAGGUCCUCACACACGACGCUCUAGCAUAAUCCAUUUCCUGUGCUAUGGACACGGAAGUGCCCUCUAGUGGCUGUCUAGUAGACAGCCACUAGAGCUGGAGUUAACCCUGUAAGGUAAUUAUUGCAGUUUAUUAAAAACUACAAUAAUUACAGUUGCAGGGUUAAGGGUAGUGGGAGUUGUCACCCAGACCACUCCAAUGGGCAGAAGUGGUCUGGGUGCCUGGAGUGUCCCUUUAACUGUAAGAAAAUUGAAAAAAUGGUCUGGUCACUAAGGGGUUAAUGUUCCAAAUCUCUAUACUGCCUCAGUCAGUUAGUUAAUGUCCACAUUAACAUGGCGAUGUGUCUCUCCCCACUGUCCUUCUCUACAGGAAGAAAUGGUAAGUAAAGAGGCUCCAUAUCACUCUUUCCACAGUCCAUUGAGGCCUUUCUAUCAGGCUCUCCUGUGAUAUCAUGAGUACUACGGGGAGAGCUAGCACAACAGCAACUUACAACAUUGCGACAGGCAGCAUUAGCAAAAUCGAAUGCGCAAAACUGGAAUACUAAAUUAUGCCUAAAGCCUAACUGGCCUUGGGUGAACUGUGUCAGUGUGGUACCGUGAAUUGAAUAGGUUCUAAUUUCAAGUUAGGAAUAUAGAACAAGUUCACGCAAACAAAAAAAAUUACAGCAACAUUGUUUAGUAACCAAGCAAUACUCCCACAGUUACAGUAAUUAAACUGUGUUACUAAGUAUCAACGUAAACUUAAUUUACUCCAAAGUAUCAGUUGACUGUUACUGUGAGAACAGUCAUGUCGCCUCCAUAAUUAGUAAUAAAUCAGGCCUUGUACUCUUUGGUCAUUUCCUAUACUCAGUCCUGCAAAUGGAAUAAAAUAGGGGGACAAAUGACUUACUAAUUGCUCCAGUUAUCAGAAUAUAGAUUAGUGAUGUCACUCCAGCAAGUAACAAACAUGAUUCAUUUAUAGGUAAAGAGCAAUACCUAUGAGUGCACUAAUGCUUGCUGAAAUACUACAUUUAGAUUUCACACCUGACGGUGUCAAUGCUGAUAACAAUUGGCAAAAUCACUCCCUCCACCCCAACCUAGAGGCGAAACUAAUGUAGAGAGUGCCUUGGUGCAAAAAAAUAAUAAUUAAGGCCUGCCCUGUAGCACAAGAGUAAAGAAAAGAUAGAUCCCCAUCUGUCAUACAACUCCUGCGAUGCUAUGCCUGGUGGGGAUCUACCAUCCUUGCAGGGUUGUAUUUUUGAGCAGUGUUUGUGCAAUUGAAUGUCAGCAUGUUAUUGUAUAGAGUGUAUGUGUGCAUGUAGGGGUGUAUUUGUAUGUACUGUUACCAUUGCAAUGCAGUGGUGUACUUGUGUGUAGUGUUUGCGUUUGAAUGCAGUAAUGUGUGAUUGUCUGUAGUGUUGGCUUUUAAAUACAGGUGUACUUUUGUGUGUAGAGUUGGUGUUUGUAUAUAAUUUUAGCGUUUUAAUACAGGAAUGUGUUUGUAUGUAAUGUUUGUAUUUGCAUGCAGGGGGUUGUUUGGAUGUAGUGUUGUGUACAUGUGUGUGUAGUAUUGGUGUUUCAGCAAACUGGUGUGUUUGUAUGUAAUAUUUGUGUUUGCAGGGCUCUGUUUGCAUGUUGGUGAUUUCUAUAACACAUAUACACAUACACAUUAACACGCAGAUACACACAUAGGCACGCUGACACAUGCUCACACCUUGACACAUACUGGCACAUACACACACACACACUCAGAUACACACCCUUUGACACACAGAUACAAGCACUUUGAUACACACACACACUGGCACAUCCACACACAGAGGUACACACACACACUGACACAGGUAUGUACACACACACUCAGAUACACACAUACAUAAAGGUAUAAAUGCAGGGGUGUAUAUGUGUACAGUGCUAGAGAUGGAGUGUAUUUGUGUUGGCAUUAAAAUGCUGGGAUGUAUGCAUUACCACACACUCAGAUGCACACUUACACACACUGACACAUACAUACAUACACACACACACACACACACACACACACAGGUACACAUACACACUGACACACAAGUACACAUACACAGGUAUACAUACACACAGAAACACUGACACACAGACAAACACAGCCAGAUACAAACACUGACACAAACACAGCCAGAUACACACACUGACACAAACACAGCCAGAUACACACAAGGACAUAAACACAGCCAGAUACACACACAUAUAUGUGUACAUUUACAUAUUUUAAUCUCUGCCUUCUAGCAGCUCUUGGACAGCAACUCCCAGCAACCUUGGCCAUAAUAAUGUCUCAACUCUGUUCUUACAUAGCCUGGUCCAGAAUUUGGCAAAAGUGACAUUUGGAAAUGGUAUAGAGCCUUUGAUAACACUUGAUGCAAUAAUAUGUUAAAAUAAAUACUUUUAAAAUUUAUAUUUAAUAGGGAAUUGUCAGGUUCUUCUAGGAUUUUUAACAUGUACUUAUUCCCUGUGUGUUACAUUACAAACACCAACACUUGAAUAAAAGUGAUAUCAGAAAUAAGCAAAACAAAAAAACAAAACAUAUUUAGCCACCCUCCUGUCUCCUUACCUUUUGGGUACAGAAAGGUGGCUUCCCUGGGGUCCAGUAGGAGCUUGUUGGCCCAGGCUGAUGGGAGUCAGUCCCUCUCCCCAACAAUGCUUGCAUCCUCCUCCGUGUGGUGUGUGCCUCCUCCCCAGCGGCACUGAGGAGGAAGUGAUCUGACCUCACUUCCUCCCAGCAUGUCACGGAGAAGAAAAGGGAUCACAGGGCAGUGUGUGAGGGGCUAGCUGUGUGUUUGUAUUCAGCCAACCCCCAUAUUACAAGGGCCCGGUCCAGAGCAGUAUUAAAGGGCUGUGGCCCCUGAUUACCUCAGGUGCUGCAGGGGGCCCAUGGGGCAGCUGCCUUAGGGCCCCCAGGAGUAACUGGGCCCGGGGCAGAUGCCCCUUUUGCCCCUCCUUAAAGACGGCCCUGACAGGAUACAAAUCUUUAUAUGUAAACUCCAGCCAAUAUUUUUGUUAUUUAUUUAUAGAACACUGCCAUCUCUUUCCAUAGCAUUGUACAAUAUUUAUAUCACAUUUACCAGCUGUUGAAUCCUAGCAUCUUACUUGGCCUUCACUGGCUCACAUCAAAUAUGUCACUUUUUUAAUUAUAUUUUUUAUUAAAGGAGUUUACAGUCAUGUAUACAAUGAUAAUUACGGUACAUGGCUCACAAUUCCGAUACAUAACAGCAAUAUUGGUCAGACGUAUUAGCAACAGGUUAUGACAGGGCUUUGUAAUUCAUAUAUAUACAUCAUGUAACAAGUGAGGACAAUGCACAUAACCGGCAUAUUGGGUAAAUCAAAAACCAUACAAUAUACAAUGUGUGUAGGUGGGGUUGUAACUAUAAGGUGUAUGGUAAUUGCUGUAGUUCAACCCAAUGACCAUUAUGCUGCCGUCAGAUAUCCGUGAAUAAUAGAGAAGGUGAUCCAUGACCUAUAGUACCUAAGGGAGAAAAGGGGGACAUUAAACUAAACUUAACCUAACAAAACAAGUAUCUAGUCAAAUUAGGGCAGACAUGAGGGAAAUAGAAGAAAUUACAUAAAUAGACAGGUUGCCGAGUGCUAAUGUAUUAAACCUUGGUGUUUGGCAAAGUAGGCUCAAUAAGAUUAUAGAGUGAAAGAUUUUGUAUUGCAUUAUAACCUUAAAAGAUUGUUGAGACUCAAAGGGCCAGAGAGACCACAUAGGUGUAAAUAAUCAUAGGAGUUAAUAUCUAGAACCACCAGAGGGAAGGUUUUCAGCUGUACUGACUCUAUUUCGGUUGUUCUUUCAUAUGAGCAAUCCAUGGUUGCCUGAUGCAUUGGUAUUUGAAGGAAUUUCCUAAAGAGAACCAACUAGAUUUUUCCAGUGUACAUAAGUGUUCUAUUUUGUGAAUUAGUGCCCGGGUGGAGGGUGGCGUAGUUGACCUCCAAAGACUCGUUACCACCAUUUUGGCCACUGUAAGUAUAAAAUUAACAAUAGAAGCUUUAUUAUUACGGUGUAAAGUUUCAAUUUUCUAAGAGGGAAAUUUAGCGAUAACUAGUUCCAAUCGGGAGCCUACUGUAUUCUUGAUGAGAAUGCUGACCUUCCAAGAAUGGUAUUAUAUCCCUACAGGACCAUCAUGUGUGGUAGUAUCCCUUUAUCAGUCCCACAGUUAAUUGUGAUGCCAUGUGGUCAUUCCACAUAAGUGUGUAAGGGGGUGGUAAAUAUCUCACAUUUGACCUAUCUUCUUCUGGUGUAAUCUCAGUCUCUCCACCAUACCACCAUUUUGCUAAAUAGCAUAUAGCUUUCUUUUCACUGGCCUGUUACCUGUUUUGCCUGACUAUUGUUUAUGGAACGGAUUUCCUUGACCUGAUAUAUUGCCUAUUUAUUGACAACAAACCUGAGAAUUCUAUCCUUACCUAUAUCUGCUUUUAUACUGUCAUUACACAUUGCCAGAAAAACCAUAGUGGUCACUAUUACCGUAUGUUAAAUCUCUGCUUAGGUUAGAAGCUCUGUCCUACAAGUGACAGCAUACAGAUGAUUUAGCUUUUGCAUUUAAUGUCCAGCCAUUGGGCAACUGUAAUGUAACACUACAGAAGCUGAAUAUGAUCUCUUCACAGUUAAUUAUAAACCUUACCUAUUCAUCUGAAGAUCGGAUGUCCCAUCUCUACGGCAACUGACUGAGGAUUCGGAUGAUCAAAUCUACUUCACAAUCCUCAUUUCUGUCAAAAUCUUCAAAAAUACAUAUCUGUUUUAGGCCUUCUUUAGUUCAAAAACACCACGGAAUCAAUGACAGAUGAUAGAAAACAGGAAAUGCCAGAAUUAGAGGCUACUGAUUGACUCAUACUUGUCAAAAAUAAAUGAGUCUAUUGCUGACAUUAGCUGCAGUUUGAGGAAUUUUAAUUUAUUUUGCAUAAAAUUAAUUUACUAUCUAUAUAAUCCAUUAAAAUGGGACGAGGGUCAGUUUUUAUGAAUUGUCUCAUUCUCAGUAUUGGAUUUUUUUGACAUUUUUUUAAUUGGCGUAGUUUGAUCUUUUUUUCAACCUCUAGACUGUAAGCUCGUUUGAGCAGGGCCCUCAUCUAUCUAUUGUUCCUGUGUCCCUAUGUAAUUGUGUCAUUUAUUGUAAAUCCCCCCCCUUUCAUAAUAUUGUUAAGUGCUGCGGAAUUAGUUGGCGCUAUAUAAAUACCAAUAAUAAUAAUAAUAAUAACUCACUUGGUUUGUCAUAAUGCAAAUUGUUGUUGAUUCAUUUCAUCUCAAACUUCAGAGAAUAAACACAAUUUGUAAUCUUAAUGAACUUAUUAACGUGGUACAGAGUGCUUUAAUAUUUUAACUGCUUUACCAGUUCAACAAAUGGGAUCAUGUAUUUAAAAAUUUGAAUCAUUCCUUCUCUCACAGAGCGUGAUCAAACUAGGCACAUAUUUGUCAGGCUUGGUUUGUUCAUUUUAAUUGAAAACAAAUUUCUUAGUCCUUCAAUAUCUUUAGGUUACUGGCGUUGCAAGUGGAAUACUUGUGGAUGCAGAUAAAAAGUAAAUACCGAAAGGAAAUCAGUCAAGGGAAAAAAAAUAUUGUGAAAUUUUCACCUCCAGGGCUUAGUUUUCGUACGUUCAUAAAGAUUUAAUAUCGCAGCAAAAGAAAUAUUACAUAUUCAUGGAUACACUGGUGUUUAUUGAUUUCUUGUGACAAGCACACUUUCUGGAAUAUUUACUUUAUGUUAGUAAACUGAAUGGUUACUUUUAUGUUCUUAAUGAAAUGUAUAUAUAUAUUCAAAUAUAUAUUGCUGUUAUUGUAAAGGUUUAAAAUAUUGGUGAAACAUAGCUUAAAGAAUAUAAAUUAUAAACUUAUGCAAAGCAAAAAAAAUCUAAGUAAAAUAGAGAAAGUAAAACACGUGAAAAUAAAUAGUAAAAUAAAUAAUUUACUGUAUAAUGCAAUAAUUAUAAGUAAAUUGGUAAUGCAUCAAAGACGAGAAAAAUAUCAAAUCUGUCAAAAGCGAGGAAAGAAAUAGAACAUAUAAAAAUAAACAAUAAUAAAAGUAAAAGAGCAUAACAUUUUCUUCUUGUAAUGUAAAUGCAGUUUUAAAGCCAAUAAUUCGACAAAGCUGGCUUGCCUGAGUGGAUCAGAUCUGAUCACAUUUUAGUAAAUAGUCGGUGUAUUAUUACCCGGGAGAUAUUAAGUGGGGUUCACGAGAAUCAAUUUGUAAUAUAGUGGAUAUAAAUGAGGUUUUGGAGGAUUUCCUAACAUAAUUAGAAUGGAUCUGUGGAAUGAAUAGGAAAGCUGCCACGCAAUUAGCUAAAAAUUAUGUGAUUAUAUAUAAAAAGUGAAAAAAUAUUGUUCUAUAAUAUUUUUCACAUUUUUAUAUAUAUAUACAUACACACAUGGAUUCCUUGGAGUUUGUGUGUGCUGUAUACAACAGCUUUGAAAUGCAGCUCAGGAAGAGAUGCAAAGCUAGUGAACCACUCUCACUGGCUUUGCAUCUCUUCCUGGGUUGUGUUUCAAACCUAUUGUAUACAGAAAACACAAACUCCAAGGAAUCCAUGUUUGAAAUGGAAUAAUUAGGCAAAAAUGUGAUUCUUUGUUGAACUAAUUUGCAUAUACCCACCCAGAAUCCCUUGCAGGAGUAACAUCACUGCAUAUUUGAGAUUUCUGUGGGAAAAGCAAGUAUUAUGGCUUGACUGCUUUGCAGAUCUGUGUUAAACAAUGUAUUGACUAUAUAUAAUGUAUAUAUUUACUCCAACAGUAGUUGGAGUCCUGUUCUCAAGACUCUAAGACUGAAGAUAGAUCCACCCAUGGUCAGUUGAGGAGAUCCUGCAAAUCCUUGCUAUUUGUGCUCUGACUUUUGGGAGUCUGAAUUGGUGGUUUAACCAAUUUCAUAUUUAACAGACAUUCCAUGAGAGAAGUGCUAAACUGCUAUUUAGAUAUUACUAAAAGGGAUCUCUAACAAUAAAACACUAUACAAUGGGUCUACUCUUUAACAAGCUAAUCCGUCACAAUUGCAGUUUACAUGACUAACAUAAUACUAAGUUUCCAUUACAGAUCAAAAAAACACUCAGAGCACCAUAACCACUACAAUGCACUGUAGUGGUUAUGUUGCAAUGUAACCAUUAAACAGUUUUUCCUGGGAUUGCAAUUUCUGAUAAUAUUAUCUAUUAAAAAACCUGCCCAAGAGAUUACAUCAUCUCCAGAAUACAAGAAUGGAACAAGACAAGUAGAGAUAUAUAUACAUACAACACCAUGACAGAAAUGAAUGUAAAUACGGUUAUACUGGCAUCUCUUACUUUGAAUGGCUGUAGCCUGUUAGGCUCAUAGCUAGCUGGGUUACUGAUAUGGGGAUUGUCAGAAAUUGAACUGGGAAUUACAAGGAAGUGGAAUUUGCAAAUAUUAGGCCACAAGAGUUCAUCUGAUGUUUUGCCUAUCCCUAAAUAUUGCACUGUGCAUGUACAACUUCCACUGAAUUAUUCAUUUUAGAAUGCUGUAGAUAAUAAUGUGUAGAUUAAUAAUAACAAUGCGACUCAUUCUGUUCUGUGUUUGCAGCUCUGGGAGUUCCGGAAUGCUUGUGAAGAGAGAAUAACUCAUAGUUAUCAAAACCCAUGGUGAGUGCAAAGAAGAUAUAUUCUACCGUGUGUCGCAUGAUAAUAUAGGAAGUAGACUACUAAAUUCUAGUAAAUGACUUACAAAUACUGUAACAAUUUCCAAGAAAAAUAUAGAUAAACAUACCAUUACCUAGUGUUUUACCACAUAGUUACAUAGCAAUCUGCUUGGAAUAACGACUAAAGUCUAUCAAGUUCAACCUUUGAAGCCCAUUCUUUUAUGAUGUUGAUGCAAAAGAAGAAACAAAAACAAUGAGGUUUCUCCUUGGAUCAACGACCUGUUCAAAUACAUACUAAUUAUAUCCUUGAAUAUUCUGUUUUUUUUAUUUUUAAACCAUAUUUAAAUACAACAUACAAUGUGCUGGAAUGAAAUAUCGCCUCCUGUCAAUCAUUAUUGAAAGCCGUGCUCUUCGCACAGAGUACACAGAGAAGAAAAUAAAUUAGACAAUGUUUAUGUUUCUUCUUCUAAUUUGCAAUGUUUGCCCUGGCUGUGCCUUGUCUGAGCUGUUAUGGUGUAAUUUGCUCAUUCUUAAUACUUUUAAAAGAAAACUGAGCAUCACUUGAAAAAGGUCACCACAAGGUAUAGGUGAUGUUUAAUAUUUUAUUGGAUGCUAAGGAUUGACAAUUACCUUUUUUUAUCAGUCUCUUUUUUUUCAUAACAAUUGUUUAUUAAUAUUUAACAAAUUAUAUAACUGAGUGUGACAAAAAUUAUGUAAAGUUUACAACAGUAAAAUAUAUGACCCACGUCUUCGGUCUAUUCACCUUUCAGACAUUUACAUUCGCCCAUUAUUUCAUAUGCCUUAUAAUAUAUAAUUUAAACCCUUGCGUGUGAAGGAAUAGGGAACUGGAGGGGUUAUAUUGCCAGAUUAGGUUAAUAGGGGUUAUAUGGAGCCCCCAUUUCUUUUAUUGGUUUAUUUAUUGCAUAAUAACACAUUUAUGCAAAACCUUAAUAUGUGCCUCAAAACGUGCAAAUAUUGUAAAGUUUUGUGAUAAUUUGGUAUUUAAAAGUAUAUGAAUUUAAACGAGCAGCCACUACUGGCCGGCAACAAAAUGGGGUGAAAAUCCCCAAAACAACCAGCGGGAGCACAUAAAGACACCCGAGACAUCGGGACUCUGCUCCAACACCCUUUGUGCCACAGAAUGGUGGCAUCGCCCGACUUAGAAACUUAUGGCAAUUUGAGGGCGACGCCCUGGCCCAGGCCACAAAACGUGACAUACGGCAAUUGCUGCAAGAUAUAAGACAAAUGUGUGACACUGACCUAAACCUGGCCCGCACGGAGAUACAAGCCGUGACCUCAAGAGUACAAGCCACGGAAGAAGAUAUAAUGGUCUUAUGUCAAGAGGUACACAAUAUGGGGGAUACCCUCCGUGACUUACAGUCUGCAAAUACGGCUGUCCAAAACAAACUGGACACCAUAGAGGACCGCAGUAGACAGUCCAACAUCAAAAUCCGGGGUAUCCCAGAAACUAUCGGGUUGACCGAACUACCACACUACUUGAGAAGACACACGGCUGGGCUCCUGCCACACACACAAGCCAAACAGCUGGAAUUUGAUGGUCACUUCAGAAUUAACAAGGAAAGGCAGGCACCUCCAACUGCCCCUUGGGAUGUAAUCAUAAGAUGUCACUCUCUGGCGGACAAACGCCGCAUACUAGUAGCAAUAAGGGACAAAACCCCAUACAUGUUUGAAAACUCCCAGCUUACUUUCUUUCAGGAUAUUACCCGCAGUAUACUCCAGUGGAGGAAAUCGCUGUCACACAUUACUACCCAACUCAGCGAAGCAAAGGUGGACUACAGAUGGCUUCUGUCUAGAACCCUAGCGGUCACCCGAGGCAUGCAGUGAUGAAAUUAACCUCAGCAUCGGAGGCCCACUCCUUCCUCAACUCACUGGGCAUAGCACAGGGGGCCAUGACCCCUAUGACACCAUCGACCUCACAUACCAGGGACCCCAGUAGGACUGUCCGAUUCAUCCCCCAAAGAGAAAGGAGGAAGUCACCUGAGUUCUGCAACAGCGAUAAUGGCAUCUCACACUUUUUCACGAUGUUUUAUGCUUGUUUGAUACUUGUGAUGUUAUACCAUUUAUUUUAUGUUAGUCCAUACAGGCAAGUUACUUUGACACCCGUAGACACAGAGGACCUGUCUAAAGGACCAUCCCUCUUGCUACUACAGCUUUAUUCCUGGUGGCUCAACCCCACCUCGACCUCCUCUGGUUAGGGGUCGACACUUGUUGGUAAAGCGGUACGUUUUAUUCAUCCCACGCACCCGGCCCUGGUAACCCAGACAGCAGGUGAGGGCAACUACCACACAGACACACACACUGAGAGAUCGCUACCUAGACCUUGACAGCAAGAGACAACUCACUAGUCCACAGGGUAGAAGGUUCCACAACCCUGGUCCUCACCCCACGGGCCCAAAAGCAACAGUUGCACUGAUCAGGGUGCUAUCUUCACCCUAAAACAACACUUAACUGACACGCAUGUCACUACUGGCAUUACCUCCUGACUAGACACCAAAUUUAACCCACACAGAUUGCUUGUUCGCCUUAUUUAAAAAAAAAAUUAAAAAAAAUAGUGCUAUGUAUUUUCUGAUAUAUUGCCUUAAAUGCUUUGUAUUGCGACCAAUGUGUAUUCCCUCAAAUGUUCUCACUUAAUGGCAUGUACAUCCCGUUAUACACUAAAAAAGAAAGAAUUAAAAAAAUAAUUUAUAUGAAUUCCAGUAUUUGCAUGCAAUUUGGAACUUUUGUUGCUAUUUAUUUAGCAGAUGCCAAGUUGCUUUGAAAUGAUCUAACUUGGCACACUUGCCAGAUUGACGUUUGGAUUUAUCUUUAGUGAACAUCCAACAUUUCUAGUCCAGUUUCAGUUAUACCAUUUGGAGGACAAUUUUGAACUUGGUAUCUGGAAUAUACCUUCAGCCCUGGCUAUUCAUGGCCUCCAACCUAUUUGGAUGCUGUCAUGGUGUUGGACUUUGUCACUAGGCAAUCUCACUGCUGUGCACCAUCUAGUGGUCAUAUAUGAGAUUGCGUUCAAAGGCAAAAUGCAUUACAGGGCCAUGCCGUUAAUGAUGUAUUUUGUCUUAAUGGGAGAGUCCUAUGUCCCCUCAUGCUUAUACCUGGCUUAGAGAUAAGUUUGAUAUUUCCAGUGAUACCUACUGCGAAUUGGUUUAGCAUUUAUUGUAAUUUCUCUAUCCCUGACGCGCCCUGCCCUUUUUUACAAUUAAAAAAAAAUGCAUUAAAAAUCUUUUUUCUGAAGGAUCCAUUUACUGGUUGAUGGUUUACUGAGUUUUAUAAUUAGGUCUAAUUCUUUGUGAGUGGGGAGAAAUGGUGUGGGAAAAAAUGUUUUUUAAUGACUUAUCUGUGUAGAUUAGUUAGCAUGAUGUCACCAGAUGAAUGGACAGCUGUUCCACUUGUGUGGACUGUAGUGCCAUCUACUGAUUAAUCAGAGGAUCCUUAUUGAGAAUAGAGGUGCUGCAGGUUAUGUGAUAGAGUAAUCAUGGUGAACUGUUUCUUAUUGAAAGGUAGUUUACGCACUGAUAAACAAUAUAACUUGAAUAAUGUGUGUUUUAAUUGAGUGUGAUCUUAAUAACUUGUGAUAGAGCCAAGAUCAGUGGGAUAGAGUCUUGGUUAGAGUGACCUACUUGGUAUAUUCUUCCAAAAUAUAAACAAUUUCUUCUAAUCAGUUUAUGUGGGUCACGGAUGGGUAAUGCAUAACUUUGUAUUCUUUGAUACACAAAAUAAAUGUAUUAAAUACAUAUUUAUGAAAAAAAUGUGAAAUGUUUAGAAGUGAUUUUACUGACAUACAAAAUUUGUGCAGAAUAAGUAUCCAUCAUUUCUCUGUAGGUUUCACUUGGAGGUAUUUUUUUUUCUUAUUCUGAUCCUAGGUUGAGUUUUUCUGUGAAAUUAGACCUUUUUCUAUACAUUCUCCCAUUUGUUUAUUUGUUGAUGUUAAUUGAAAAUGUCUUAACAUUUUUUAAAGUUUCCGGACAAAUAUAGAAAAAACACUUAUGCAAAAAUAAAUACUUUCAUUAGUCCCUAGUCUUAUCUUAUAGUUAGGAUAGCCUUAUGCCUAUCCCACGCAUGCUUAAACUCAUUUACUGUGUUAACCUCUACCACUUCAGCUGGAAGGCUAUUCCAUGCAUCCACUACCCUUUCAGUAAAGUAAUAUUUCCUGAUAUUAUUUUUAAACCUUUGUCCCUCUAAUUUAAGACUAUGUCCUCUUGUUGUGGUAGUUUUUCUUCUUUUAAAUAUAGUCUCCUCCUUUACUGUGUUGAUUCCCUUUAUAUAUUUAAAUGUUUCUAUCAUAUCCCCCCUGUCUCGUCUUUCCUCCAAGCUAUACAUGUUAAGAUCCUUUAACCUUUCCUGGUAAGUUUUAUCCUGCAAUCCAUGAACCAGUUUAGUAGCCCUUCUCUGAACCCUCUCUAAGGUAUCAAUAUCCUUCUGAAGAUACGGUCUCCAGUACUGUGUACAAUACUCCAAGUGAGGUCUCACCAGUGUUCUGUACAAUGGCAUGAGCACUUCCCUCUUUCUACUGCUAAUACCUCUCCCUAUACAACCAAGCAUUCUGCUAGCAUUUCCUGCUGCUCUAUUACAUUGUCUGCCUACCUUUAAGUCAUCAGAAAUAAUCACCCCUAAAUCCCUUUCCUCAUAUGUUGAGGUUAGGACUCCAUCAAAUAUUCUGUACUCUGCCCUUGGGUUUUUACGUCCAAGAUGCAUUAUCUUGCACUUAUCCACAUUAAAUGUCAGUUGCCACAAUUCUGACCAUUUUUCUAGUUUACCUAAAUCAUUUGUCAUUUGGCUUAUCCCUCCUGGAACAUCAACCCUGUUACAUAUCUUAGUAUCAUCAGCAAAAAGACAUACCUUACCAUCAAGACCUUCUGCAAUAUCACUAAUAAAAAUAUUAAAGAGGAUGGGUCCAAGUACAGAUCCCUAAGGUACCCCACUGGUGACAAGUCCAAGCUUCGAAUAUUUUGAUAAUUAAUUUUAUAAUAUAAUUUAAUUAUACAACUUUUUAUAAUUGACUCUAACAUGGUCUACUUUAAUGUCAGGAAUCCAAUCUUGUAUUGAAUUAUCUGGACAGUUAAGCAAAGUUGGCAGUUUUUUUUCAUAAUUUCAUGCUAUGUGCAUUCUUAUUUUUUUUUUACCUAUGUGAAUGCGCUAUUGUCUUUUUGCAGCAUUUCAGCAGGUCCAUGGUGUUACUCAUUCCUGCAAAAUGAUUUUGAUCUAAUUCCAGUUUAUGAAAUCUUUUACAUAUUUACAAAUGGUUUCUACACUCUACCUUCUAAACAUUUUUCCAAUAUUAUUUUUGUCUGUAUUAUAUUUUUGUUUGAUCUGUUAUAGGUGCCCUCCACCACAUAUUCUUGAUGCUGAAGGAUUUGGUGCACGAGCCACCCUAGCAUGGACUCAUGAUAAAUAUGAGGAUUAUUAUGGUAACAGCAACUGGACUUCGGCCCCGGAAAAAAUCCAACAGGUUCGUAGUGGGUUUACUAUAUUUCAAACUAAUUAUCUAGAUUUAAAUGAAAGGUUUAUGGUGAAGAGUGUAGUGAAAUAUAAAGCAAAACAGGCUGCCAAUAUUAUUUUUGUCUUCUGGUAUACCACCAAAAUUAUGCCACUUUGGACUCCCAUGAUAUUUUGAUGGCCAUGGUGGUGAUUGAGCAUAAAAGAAAUGUAGACUUUGGAGAUAACAGGCACAACACGGGUUUAGCAUUAUCAGACAGGCUUCCGUGGGAUGGUGACAGAGACGCAAACAAGAAUAUAGGAGAUGGAGAGGAAGAAAGAGACAAAAUGGGAUUUAUAGAAGUUAAUGAGAGAGACAAAAUACUGCUUAUUGUAGAUAUGGAAAGAGAUACAAUAGGGGGCACAUUGGGAAAUAGACGCAAGUGGGUUUAUACGAGAUGAGGAAGUAGCUAAAGUUUAUUUUCUGUUCCUGCAGAAUAAAAUAUAAGCAAACAAUAAAUAAUAAGUAGCGGGAGGAAAGAGGGCAUGAAAAAGAAUAUGAAUCCUUGUAAUGUAAAAAGAUACUCCUGUUGACGGCUGAAAGCAGAGCCCCUAGCAUUUAUAAAUCUUUAUUUAUUGUAUAUUUUAAACUGUUACGUACUGUAUUUAAGAGCCAUUAUUCAGCCAGCAAGCUCCCAGAGGCCAGAGCAAUGACAGUGACAUUUUACUCAUGUUUGUAUAUAUGCACUGUGACAGGCAAAUCCGUAACAAAUGUACAGAGUAACAGAAAGUGAAAAUCAAAUUAUUUUGACUGUAACUCAUAAUGCGUGUCCCGUGCUGGAUGCAGGAACUUUCUGUGUGUGCCUGCAUUUCACUUGGCAUCCUCUGUAAUCUGUCCCAGAAUGCUUUGCUUUGAGAGGAUUCAGAGAGAUGUAUAACUAAUGGGUAGCAUCAUGGUGACCAGUUUUGUACUUGGAAGUUGGGUUGCAAUUUUAUAGGCCCUGCAAUCAUAAACAAAACUUUAUUACAUCUGUAUGAAUUUAUGCAGAUGCAUAAACAAUAGCAAGUCAUUGACAAAAAGCAAACAGCAAUGUGAGUGAAAUUUACUUCAACAGGCAGUUAAUACACAUUUAAGAACGGCAUUAGAGUAACUUAGAAAGGAAUAAAAAAAAUAAAUAAACAGAGAAGAGGACAAGGGAAAGGAAAAUGAGGUGGCAUGAAAGUGAGGAGAUUGAGAGGGAGCUGGGAUGAGGAACCCGAGUAUAUAAGGUAAGGAGAAAUGGACAUUGGAGUGGAGGUACCCCUGGAAUCACUUUUUUAGAAGUGUGUGAAGUGUAUGUCCUGGUGGAGAGUGAAGCUGAAAACCUCCCCAUGUACACUUGUCCUAUACAGUUAAACCAGAUAAAGCAUAUUCCCUCAUAGCUCCUCUCCCUGUACUGCAGACAGUGGCCCAAUUUGAAGUAAAACAAGGCAAAUGUCAGAGCUGACAGAUGUGUCAUUGCAUCAAAGAUUUGUCAUAUAAGGAAUUAUUUUUCCCUUGUUGCUACCAAACAUGGUACGUGAAGCCUAGCUAGCCUCAAUCCCUGAAGGAUAAACCCAAGGGAAAAACAUACUUGUUUCUCAACAGUUCCAAAUAUUGCAAUAAAAAGGUUUAUAUAUUUGUUCUAUUUUAUUAAGAUGCAAAUAGUAAGUUUCAGGGAUAUCUCAAAUAUUAUAUUAGACAGCAGGAGGAAGUAGCCAAGAUCGUUUCCUAAAAUACUUGCAUGGACUUAUGUUUGUGCAGAGUCUCUCAAAUGGGAUGGGAACGGCUAAACAUUUUAAAUGUUCUAUUUCAUCCCUUGAGAUUAGUAUCUGCGAUGUAUUUAACAAUGUCACUGUGACACGGUAACCGUCCAUUACAUUUGAGGUUGUGAUGUCACAAUGUUUGCAGAAUAGAGAAAAUGUUCAACUGAAGCUGCAGGUGGAAGUGGAAGCAAACAGGGCAGUAUUCCUAGCCGGCUUGUGUAAAAAAGCAGCCACAUGUAUUGCCUUCACCAAAGCAGGACUGUUAUUUGGUUUUCCUGAGCCAUCCAUUGUGUGCUCCCACCACACAGCACAGGGAGUGGAGGAGGCAGUGGAUAGGCAGCUUGAUACUCACCCAAUAAAUAACACAAUUAAAUCUGAAUAAUUAGAGGGGCCAUUGAUAUAUUUGUUCAAGAAAGGAGAAGGAGCAGAUGCUGGCUCAUUCAUUUAGCCUCAAAGAGCAGAAUACGAAAGGCCCAGUUUGCACCAACAAACGUAGAUAAUUAAAUGGGACAAGAUGGUUUCUGUAUUUAUAAAAAAUAGUAAUUACACAACAUUUGAACUGAGUUGUUAUGUUACAGACUUGGUCUAAAUUACAAUCAAACUGGUCCAAAGAGCGUAAGAAUGAAUUGACCAUUUAUGAACUAGCCUUAAAAUAAUUAAAAUAAGCUGUUUGUUCGUCAGCACUACUGACACUGAUUUAUAAACAGUUUUGUGAUGACAUCAUAUAUAGCUGCACUGGUGGAGCAAAAAAGUAAACACUGCAGGUUGUGCUGGAAGGAGGGAAUUCGUGGGCUUAUGGUGCAAUUUGUAAAAAUUAUUAUUUAAAUACAACCUGUUGGUAUGAGUGUCACAUUACAACAAACUGUAGCAGAUAAGGACUUUUCUAGAGAGUAGUGGAUAAUGCUGCCAGGCUUAUGUGUAAGUGUAAGAGGGUAAAUGCCUGUGCUGUAGUAUUUUCACUUUUCCCCAGUUUGUGAUCUGUGUCAAACAACAUACAUGGACCACUGGUGAAGUUCUGUUUUGUUUUUUUUGGCUAGUUUUGCAUACAGGAACACACAAGCUAUAACAAAAUUCUUCUCUUGUAAAAUGUGCCAGUCCAUACAAGAUGGCUCAAGAUAUUUUGAAAUGUAUAGUGUUCCUAUACAAAUAAGAACUAAAGAAUAUUCCCUCACUAUAUACACUGCUCAAAAAAAAUAAAGGGAACACUUAAACAACACAAUGUAACUCCAAGUCAAUCACACUUCUGUGAAAUCAAACUGUCCACUUAGGAAGCAACACUGAGUGACAAUCAAUUUCACAUGCUGUUGUGCAAAUGGGAUAGACAGCAGGUGGAAAUUCUAGGCAAUUAGCAAGACACCCCCAAUAAAGGAGUGGUUCUGCAGGUGGUGACCACAGACCACUUCUCAGUUCCAAUGCUUCCCGGCUGAUGUUUUGGUCACUUUUUAAUGCUGAUGGUGCUUUCACUUUAGUGGUAGCAUGAGACGGAGUCUUCAACCCACUCAAGUGGCUCAGGUAGAGCAGCUCAUCCAGGAUGGCACAUCAAUGCGAGCUGUGGCAAGAAGGUUUCCUGUGUCUGUCAGCGUAGUGUCCAGAGCAUGGAGGCGCUACCAGGAGACAGGCCAGUACAUCAGGAGAUGUGGAGGAGGCCAACAACCCAGCAGCAGGACCGCUACCUCUGCCUUUGUGCAAGGAGGAACAGGAGGAGCACUGCCAGAGCCCUGCAAAAUGACCUCCAGCAGGCCACAAAUGUGCAUGUGUCUGCUCAAACAGUCAGAAACAGACUCCAUGAGGGUGUUAUGAGGGCCCGACGUCCACAGGUGGGCGUUGUGCUUACAGCCCAACACUGUGCAUGACGUUUGGCAUUUGCCAGAGAACACCAAGAUUGGCAAAUUCGCCACUGGUGCUCUUCACAGAUGAAAGCAGGUUCACACUGAGCACGUGUGACAGACGUGACAGAGUCUGGAGACACCGUGGAGAACGUUUUGCUGCUUGCAACAUCCUCCAGCAUGACCAGUUUGGCAGUGGGUCAGUAAUGGUGUGGGAUGGCAUUUCUUUGGGGGUCCGCACAGCCCUCCAUGUGCUCGCCAGAGGUAGCCUGACUGCCAUUAGGUACCAAGAUGAGAUCCUCAGACCCCUUGUGAUACCAUAUGCUGGUGCGGUUGGCCCUGGGUUCCUCCUAAUGCAAGACAAUGUUAGACCUCAUGUGGCUGGAGUGUGUCAGCAGUUCCUGCAAGAUGAAGGCAUUGAUGCUAUGGACUGGCCCACCCGUUCCCCAGACCUGAAUCCAAUUGAGCACAUCUGGGACAUCAUGUCUCGCUCCAUCCACCGACGUCAUGUUGCACCACAGACUGUCCAGGAGUUGGCAGGUGCUUUAGUCCAGGUCUGGGAGGAGAUCCCUCAGGAGACCAUCUUCCACCUCAUCAGGAGCAUGCACAGGCGUUGUAGGGAGGUCAUACAGUCACGUGGAGGCCACACACACUACUGAGCCUCAUUUUGACUUGUUUUAAGGACAUUACAUCAAAGUUGGAUCAGCCUGUAGUGUGUUUUUCCACUUUAAUUUUGAGUGUGACUCCAAAUCCAGACCUCCAUGGGUUGAAAAAUUUUAUUUCCAUUUUUUUAUUUUUGUGUGAUUUUGUUGUCAGCACAUUCAACUAUGUAAAGAACAAAGUAUUUCAGAAGAAUAUUUAAUUCAUUCAGAUCUAGGAUGUGUUAUUUUUGUGUUCCCUUUAUUUUUUUGAGCAGUGUAUAUUCAUAUGUAUAAAUCUCAACAUUAUUUCUCAGUGCUGUCCAUGGGUACAUCUGAAUGGCUGUUUUUGUGUCAUUGCAGGGUCGAAAACAUGGACAUCUAAAAAAAUGAAAAAAAGGUUUGGAAAGGAAUCUAAUUUUAACAUUGUACCUUAAAUGCUGCAGGAUGCUACAGGAGGACAAUUGAAAUGAAUGCCCCUCUUGGAUCCAUUAUCUAGAAGACUAUUUCCAGUGGACCAUCUUCUUGGUUAAAUAUUUUGCAAACUGAACACGCCUUGCAGUAUCAAACUCUCUACAUCAGCGGUUCACAAUCUUUUUUGGGCCGAGGCACAUUUCACGGGACCACCUAAGGCAUAUAUAAUUUAUAAGUCUAUACCUUCUUCAUCUACUUAUUAAUGUCACAUUUCCUUGUAGCCUUAUUAGCGGGGUACAUUAGAAUACACUUCUAAUAAGCGCUGCAUUUAGUCUAUUACAGUAAUGAAAUCAAUGGGUUUGUGGCAUAUGUUGAGGUGGUUUGCAGCACAACAUGUGCCAUUACAGAUUCCAGAAGUUCAGAUGCCCUAAAACAUCUAAAUUUCCUCCAAUAAAUAAAUGCAAUUUGGUUGUUUGUGAUGAAAGUCUAUUAUUCUACUUACUGUCACACAGGACGAUUUAGAAAUCCUGAACAUAUGUGAGGUUUAUUCAAUAAACAAGCUGGGUAAUUCACCCAAUAAGGAAAGGAGCAGGAAUUGCAGAGUGUUUGUUGUUGGGAAUGUGUUCCUGUUCAACUAUAUUAACAAAACAAAAUGAAUGCCACGCACAGAUCACAAACUAAUGAAUAAUCUUGUAAGAAUUGUAAAGAAUUAAAG